AUGUCGAUAAGGACGGCAGCUAGUCUCCGAAGCGACCGUUGUUUCUUCUCGAGUGGUGUCAAGUUUGACUAUGACCCAGGGUACAAAGCAGCAAGAUGUGUCAGUCGACAGUAUCCAAGCUCCAAAUUCAUGAAGCCGAUUCAAGUAAUCACCGCUUCCAUCUCCUGGUCAAUGUCUGUUGGCUGGUGCUGGCUCUUACAUGGUCGGCGAGGCCAGUAUCACACCCUGCAGCGCCAAUGGGCCGAUAUGGAUGGAUCGUUUCGCAAGUUCUUUCAAUGA